AUGCCGGAUCGGGGGAUAAGGUAUCACCAUGUUGCUAGGAAGUAUUCGUCGACGGCAAGUCCGCCAUCUCCAGAGCACAGUCCGGCUGACCAAGCCUCGCCUAUCCUCCUGCGAGAUGCCUGUCGAUGCAGUCAAUGCAUAGACCCUUCCGACCGUCAGCGCAACUAUUCUUACUCUGAGAUACCAAUAAACAUUCAGGUGCAUUCGGCUAUGAGCGCUAGCGACCAAAACUCUACUACUAUUCAAUGGAAGAAUGAUAUGGAUUCUUCACAUCAGUCAACCUUCACCCCAACACAGCUCAACAAGCUGCGGGCACCUUUCCGGAACGCCAACUGGGCGUUCUACCAACGGCCUCGAAAGCUCUGGAACAAUGAAACUUACCGCACAGAGAAGAACCCGCGCAUCAACUUUGACGAGUACAUGGACAACUCUUCUAUCCUCGCGCGAUCUCUUCAUCUCCUCUGGCGCGACGGCCUCGUCUUCGUCGACAACGUCCCAGAAUCCGAAGAUUCUGUACGAAAAAUCGUAGAGCGGAUGGGCCCACUGCAAAACACAUUCUACGGCCCAACGUGGAAUGUGCGCUCCGUGCCUCAAGCCAAGAACGUGGCAUACACGUCCAAAUAUCUAGGUUUCCACAUGGACCUCCUGUACAUGCGCGACCCACCAGGCCUGCAGUUUCUGCACUGCAUCCACAACUCCUGCACCGGAGGCGAGUCGCGCUUCGCCGACACCUUCAAGGCAGUGGACGAGCUGUACAGCCAGGCCAACGGGCCCGAGAUGGUCCAAACCCUCAUGAACCACCAAGUGCGGUACGAGUACGACAACGAUAACUUCUUCUACUCGGACACCAAACCCACGAUUCUCGCAAGCACGCAAUCCCCACGCGACCGCGUCCUCCUGGCCAAGAACCCGGAGCUGAUGCGCCGCAUCGAACACGUCUUCUGGUCCCCACCGUUCGUCGGCAACAUCGACAGCAGCCAGCCGCACGCCGAGCUCGUCAAAUUCGUCCAAGCCAGCAAAGCCUUCUCGGAUAUUCUCGAGAACCCCGCCAACGUCGUCGAGGAGAAGAUGGACAGCGGCACCUGCGUCAUCUUCGACAACCAGCGUGUCGUCCACGCUCGUAACGAAUUCGACGUCAACAGCGGCAAGCGCUGGCUCAAGGGCGCGUACCUCGCGCACCAGGACUUUUCCAGCAAGGCGGUCAGCCUGGAGAGACAGAUGCCAGCGGCAGGCGAAGACUGA